AUGGCAUUCUCAAAAUGUCUUAGGCAUGCAGGACUAACAUUAUCUCAGAGCUGUCCAGCUCAUGUAUUGGGUCAAGCUCUAGGAGUUGAAGUCCCCAAGGAACCCCCAACCCCUCAACAUACUCCAGAUACUCAACAUCAUAAAAUCCCAAUACCAGAUUUACAUGUGGAUGACUCAGAGACUAUCAGUGAGAGACUGCGCAGCCCUCCACCCCCUCUUGCAUCACCCUCAUCCAGGUCACCCCGAAAUAGCUUUAAGGGGGGUUUUCAUUCCCCUCGGGGCAGGAGCCCCUCCCCUCAACCCUUCCCUAAACCCAAAUCUAAAAAUGGGUCUUUUAGACAUGAGGAUGAUUCCCUUCCUUAUCAUCAUAAAUGUAAUGCUGCAGUAGACAAGAAAGAUGAAGACGAUGAAGAUGAACUACCCCCACACCUCCGUAUGACCCCUCCCCCUCCUGUAUCCAGUCCUCCACCACCAGACUAUGAUUUUGAUGAUGAAGAUGAUGCAGCUAAUGGAGUGCCUUAUCAUCAUAAAUUAAACUUAUCUGGAAGACAGGAGACUGGUCGAUUCAUUGAGGUCGUUGAUGACAGCAUGGAUGACCCUUCCAGUAUUCCACCUUCCUUAGUAGGACGAGUAGAUGAAGAUGGUCUCAUCCAUCCAAAGCCCUUAACUAAUCGAGUCAUGGACUCCCCUAUGCAUAAGAGCCUUCACAGAGAGCUCAGGAUAAGAUCCCAUUAUCCUAGAGGUGAAAAUACAGGACCGUUUGAAGCCAGUGGGAGGUCAGUCCUAAAACAAGAUGAACUCAAGAAGGUCUUCCGAGAUAGAAGUCAGAAGAAAUCCCUAAAAGCCUUGGAGGAAGAGAGGAAUUCUAGGAGGACAAGCCUUGAUGUUAAACUGGGAGAAAGACUCAAGAUGACAGAAGAAGAGGAAAGCUUCAAGAACUUAGAAACAUUGGAGAAGGCUGCACUUCAGCCUGAAUUUAUGAAACUCACUCUCAAAUCACGAUCUAGCUCAGAAAAAUCAUGAUGGACACCUCAUUAUCAUCUUGUCACAUAGAAAUAAACUGACUUCAGGAGUAUUUAUAUAAACAAUAUAUGUUUUAGCUUUUGCUCCUUUGAAGUGAUACUAUGAACAUCUCUAAUACUUGCUGAUGAACGGGAGCCAUUGCUUAUAAUGGCUUUUGAGUGGACUGGAUUAAUUGCUUGCUGAUUAGUUACAAACUACAGAGUUGGGUGCGAUUUCAAGUUGUAACAAAAUUUGAAAUUUUAGUACUUGUUUUUUAAACAGGAACUAGAGUGUCUUGAAUAUUUAGUUGUGCACUACUCUUCACUUGAAACAUCUGAUCAUCUGAUAAUUUUUCAUGCUUUUCAAGUUUGAGUUUUUAAUAGAAAAAAUAGUAUAAUUACUUGCAUCGAAUUUACACAAAUACACACUUGAGGGAUUUGAAACAAUGACUUUUGGAUUUGUCAGAAUAAUGUACCAAAUGUUGUUGGGUAGCUUCUGUAUAUGUUAAGGAAAAUGAUAUUCUUUUAAAUGCAUGAUUGGACAAAACUCUAAGUCAUUAAUGGCUAGAGUGAGCCCAAACUGCUCUCUGUCAUUAAUAUUAUCCCUAGUUUAUAUCUAUGUAGGCCUAUGGUUUAAAAAGGGGAAAAGGAUGUAGAUUGAUUUUAUAAUAGUUUUUCUCUUGAUUGAAAAAGCAUAUUGAUAUCCAUCUUGUUAGUCUGAUGAUAAAAUGGGUAAAUGAAUAUUGAAAAGGUUCUAAUCCUGUGAAAUAAAAGUGGAUUGUAUUUUGCAUAGUAUUGUAAGUACCUUUCAUGGCAACUGUCUCAAAUACUCCACAGGGAGCAGAGAAUGUGCAUAUAUUGUGUGAAGGCAAAACUGAAUAAAUCUUAUCAAAGGUGUAACAACAAUUGCUCCUGCGACAUUUGCUCCGGUCUGGAUAUCUCAGAGGGCAUAGGGUUAGAGUUCGGAUUGUGAUUUUUUUGGCUCAGAAUCAUGUAAAGAUAAUGAUUAGGGUUUGUUUAGUUAUGGAGGUUGGAUUGUAUGUUUGGCUUAACGUGCAGAUUUUCCAUCGGAGCGAUUGUCACAGGAGCAAAUUUCAUGGAACCGUUUUAAGUGCCUAAUAUUUAUUGGAUUAGAAUUAUUAUUGAAAAAUCUGUUUCGUCGCAACAUAUAAUUACAUUCAUGUGAUAUCAGUGUGACAUCUUGAAUGAAGGGUUUAUUAGACCUCAUUGAGGACCAUAAUGAUGAAAAGCUAGAUAACCAUGAGGAUCUAUGAAUGAAAAUCAGUUGACAUGCGUAACAUACAGACGAAGAUGGCAGGUUAUUGCAACGUAACCGUGCCUUAUAAUGAUAUGUGAUUGAAAUCAAUAUCAACUCUGUAGUUGUGAUUGAUUGAAUUGAUGAUUUACCAGAUGUGCCCUCAACAUUCAAUUUGUAUGGAUUGUAUCAGUCAGUCCUUAUGAAACCUAUGCACACCUCUUCAGCCCAUUUUCUUAAAAAAUAUUUGCAUUAACAUUGUAUCAGAAACCUUGUUGAGGUCUAACUAUUUGAUAUUAACAUACAUUGUUGAAAGGUUUCAUUUGCAUUUAAAAUCAAGUGUUUACGUAAGUUAUAUGUAGCUAUCCAUAUGUAUGGUAAUUGUAAAUUUCCGCUUGAUCACUUCUCGGCUUCUUGCAACAAGCAGUAAAUAUCCCUUUGUUUUUUAUACAAUUGACACAUGUGAAUUUGCAUUAAGAAAAUUGCAAAUACGAUUGUGAAACACCCUCUAUAAGUCUUGCCAUGUAGUAUUCAAUGGCAGUUAGUACUUACAGUCCUAUUGUACCUCAUGUAUAUCUUGAAAUGUAGCAAGUAUUAAAGGGACUUAUGAAUAUGCAGAUGUAUCAUUUUAAAAGUGAUGAUCGUCCAUGAUUAUCAGAGUAUAAGUCAAGGUAGUUUAAAUAUGGAGUUGGGAGUCUAAUCUUAUUACUUUCCUCAUUUCAGUUUACCAAAUAAGGUACAUUUUUAAUGAUAUACUAUUAUUAAGAGUAGAGAUGUAGACUAUCAAGUUCAUUGCACUUAUAUAGUUUAGAUACUAGCUUGUGGUGAAUGGGAAUAAAUUGGUGAAUUAAGGAGAAAGUAAUUAGCUUGAAUAAAGUAGAAUAUUUGUGAAGUAUAUAAGUCUAGUUUAUGAAUACACUCUUAGAACUGUUUAAAAUGGUAUUGGAUUCAUUUGAUUGUUAAUAAAUUAUGUGAUAGCACCAAUGUUCUUUGGCCAGAUAAUAGCACCAAUGUCCUUUGGCCAGGUAAUAGCACCAAUGUGCUUUGGCCAGGAUAUAGCACUAAUGUCCAUUGGACAGGUAAAAGCACCAAUGUCCUUUGGCCAGAUAAUUAUCUGGAAAGAGCCGUGGUGUAGUGGUUUGACUCUCGCCUUGAAAACAGAGGGUUGUUUGUUUGAAUCCCACCAUGGUCUAGCAUCCUUUGGAAAGGUGUUUAUCCACACAUUGCCACUCUCGAACCAGGUGCUAAAUAGGUACCCGAUAGGAUGCGAAAGCCUAUGUAGUAUGCCUAGCAAUUGAGUCUUGGAACUCUUGUUGGAAUGCUCCCCAGGGAGUGGAGAAGGUACAUACAUUGUAUGCGGGCAUGCAAGGAUCUGAUGACCGGGGUAAUAAUAGGCUGUAAAGUGCUUUGGGCCAUUAUGGGAAAAACGCUAUAUAAAAAAUAGCUAUUAUUAUUAUCUGCAAUAAUAUUCCUAGAUGAACUUUAGAGGGAUGAAGUGCGAAAAUAUAUCCUAAAAAAGGUUUGAUGUUUGUCAUGUUAGCCAUGCUAGAAUUGAUAACAGUGCCAGCUAUCAUUGCUAAUAUCAUUCUUUUUUCCUUAUGAACUAUUUUUGUUCUCCUAUUUCAAAUCGGUAAUUGGAAUUUCAUUUAGCAUGGAUGUUUACAACAUUAUAUACCACAAUGAAAGUUUUUAAUUUUUGUUAAAUGUUAGAAGGGAUAUAAGAAUUUGAAUUAGGACAUUUGAUUUCUCCUUUCAUUUUUACAUCAAGAUGAUAUGACAAAUAAAGAAGAAUAUUUCCGUACAUUGAAUUAUCCCAACAACAAUCAUGACAGUAAUCGAAUUGAUGUGAGCUUGCAUUUAACCAUCCUGCUUACAGACUUUGAUUGCUUUUAUAUAGACCUAUAUCACAAAGAACAGCUAAUUUAUUUUACAAUAACUUUUUUUUCAAUUCAGGAUUUGCAUCGUGUGCCUAUAGAUUUUAUCUAUAUUUCGCAAUUGCAUGUUAUCCUGUAUUUCAAAUAUGUUUCAUCAUUUUGUGAAUAAUAUGCUAUUUUCAGUACUCUAUUAUAUUAUCUCCCUAGCUCUGUUUGUAGAGGGAGACAAAUAAAUUUUAUAAUCGGAUGAAACCAAGUAUUA